AUGCCUAGUGAUCGUUUCGCACCUUAUCCAUUACCAUCUCAUAUUAGCCACAAUGAUUAUCGAAAGAAUGCAAAACCAAUCAUGGAAAAACGAAGACGUGAAAGAAUUAAUCGAAGUUUAGAAGAAUUGAAAAAUCUUAUUCUUGAUAAUGCAACAACAAAUAAUGUACGUAGUCAUAAAUUAGAAAAAGCUGAUAUUCUCGAAAUGACUGUGAAACAUCUACGAACUGUUUACAAACAGAAAUUAGCUUCUGCUGCUGCUGUUGAUCCAACAAUAGCAUCAAAAUAUCGUGCUGGUUAUGGUGAAUGUGCUAAUGAAAUAAUACGUUUUUUAACUACAACACCAAAUGCUGAUUUAGAAUUAAAAACAAAACUUAUAACACAUUUGUCAACUCGUAUACAAAAUCUUUCGUCAUUAUCUAUUCUACCACCGAUGCAACCAUCAUUAUCACAAAUAAAUUCAGCAGCUGGUUUAUUAACAAAAACCGAUCGUUAUUCAGUUAAUUCAUCGACUAAUAAUCAGUACAUUUUUAUUUUACCUCAACAACAGCAAAAACUUCAAAAUUCAUCUACAACAUUCGAUGAUGAUGCUGAUUGUAGUUCAACAUCAUCGAAUAAUUUAAGUGAUUGCGAAUCAAUGAAAUCAUCCGAAGCAAUAACAACAACACCAACAGACAGUGUAACAAGUACAAUGACCGAGUCACCAUCUAAAGUAUGGCGACCUUGGUGA